CCCCCCUCUCUCUCUCUCUCCAUCCCCACAGGCAUCAGGGGUGAAAGUCUGUGAUGAGGUGGUCAACUGCUUCACCAACAUGAAGGUGCGCAAGGCUUGUGCCAAGGGGGAGGCUAUGAAGAGGAAGAAGGCCAUCAUGCUGAUCCUCAACAAGACCAGGGACCUCAUCAUCCUGGACGAGGAGAGGCAGAUCCUCAUGGGCGAUAUCCAGCAGGGACUGAUUAAAAAUCCCUUUGAUCACUUUAUGAGCAUGUUUCACCCGGAUCGCUGCUGUUAUGCCAUCUAUGAUGCCAACUAUGAGACAAAAGAAUCGAAGAAGGAGGAGCUGAUCUUCAUUCAUUGGAGUCCAGAUGGGGCCACAAUCCAGGACAAGCUGAUCUACGCCAGCUCCAAAGAUGCCGUCACCAAAAAGUUUAACGGGAUCAAGCAUGAAUGGCAGGUGAAUGGCUUCGAUGACUUGACUGACAUUCAUUCAUUGGCUGCAAAGCUGGGCCCCGAUGUUGUGGCCGUUGAGUCUCGGCACAUCUAACACCCCAGCCCACGACCAUCAUCCAUCUUUCCAAUGUCUUGUGUUCUGGGUUUCUGAUUAUUAUUUUUUGGGGCCUGCCACGCCCCUUCAGUUUGUACACUUGUCUUUGACUCCCCUCCUCUAAUGCUUGCUUUUUAUUAAAUCCUGUUUGUAAUUUGGGACCAGUUAUUUAGAGGGCUCCUUAUACCAAUUACCGGGGGGCCUCGGGCGGUGGGGGGGGGGGGGAGGGGGGAGGGGAGGGGAGGAGAGUCCCGUGGACAGAAAUUUCUCGUCCACCGGUCCAAGCCUGGACAAGUUAGUGGUGGGGUGAUCAGCGAGUGUCAAGAUGUAUUUAAAUAAAAUGAACCAAAUCGCUGUGGUGGUGAUUGUCGUACCGACAUCGUUCCUUGAGUUGGGGGCAGUGUGAUCCACCGCACUGCCCAGUCAUUUAGACACCCCUGGUUUGGUUUUGGCUGGGGAGUGCGUGCUGGCCAAGAGAAUUUUGUAGACCUUUGUAAUCAGCAUUUAACAAUCCCCUCUAACAAGUGACGCCAACCUUAAUUAGAACUCUUGUUCGAUGUGUAAUUUGGUCGUAUUUUCUAAGCAUUCCUAAUGUUUUAACGAGAUUUACAGCGGUGGUCACCAUUGUAAUCGGGCACUGCAUGUGUAAGGUGAAUGGGGGGGGGGGGUGAUUCUGCCACUCCAGUGGGUGGUGGGAUUCAGUGUCUUGUGAAUGGUCGCUAGUUUUCAAAUCUGAACCCCUGACUAAUGUGGAUGUUGCAUCUGACCAUCGAAAAUAAAAGUGUGACCAAUACCUCCA